GCCGCCAUCAACAUCAACGCCUCGACCUCCAAGUUCCUAAUGAAUGUUAUAACAAUUGAAGACUAUAAGAGCACAUAUUGGCCAAAGUUGGACAGUGCCAUAGAUCAGCUUUUAACUCAGUGUCCUGGUGACUACAUCCCUAUCUCCUAUGAACAAAUAUACAGUUGUGUGUAUAAGUGUGUAUGCCAGCAGCAUUCGGAACAGAUGUAUAGUGACCUAAUAAAAAAGAUAACUAACCACUUAGAGAGAGUCUCAAAGGAGCUGCAGGCCAGCCCUCCAGAUCUCUAUAUUGAAAGAUUUAACGUAGCUCUUGGACAGUAUAUGGGAGCAUUGCAGAGCAUUGUGCCUCUUUUCAUAUAUAUGAAUAAAUUUUACAUAGAAACCAAGCUUAACAGAGACUUAAAAGAUGACCUUAUAAAGCUGUUUACGGAACAUGUUGCAGAAAAGCACAUUUACAACCUAAUGCCUUUACUUUUGGAAGCUCAGUCAACACCUUUUCAAAUAACUCCUUCAACCAUGGCAAAUAUUGUGAAAGGCCUAUAUACACUACGACCAGAAUGGGUACAGAUGGCACCAGCUUUAUUUUCUAAAUUCAUCCCAAAUAUUCUGCCCCCUGCUGUGGAAUCUGAGCUUCAGGAAUAUGCUGCUCAAGACCAGAAACUUCAAAGAGAGCUUAUGCAGAAUGGAUUUACUAGGGGUGACCAGUCACGGAAGAGAGCUGGAGAAGAGUUAACCUACAAUGGCUCAUCAGCUUGUGCAAGCUCCAGGGGGUACAGAUAGUGAAUAUACUGGAUCAGCUUCUAUUCCUAGCCAGAACAGACACUGGAGGAGCACAGGUGGUAUCCGGAGCCUCCUUUGGCAACUGCUGAUGCUCGAGCUCUGACACGAACUAUGCCUCAAAGAAGAGUUUUAGACUUCUUUAUGUAAUAAAAUGUCAGUUGCUGCUACAAUUGGGAUGACUUUGAAAGACACGAUUCCUCGGUCUGGCACCUCAACAAGUUCAUGUUCUGUGAUUUUUGUGAGGAAUGCACCUUGAAAAACAAUCCUUUCAAAGUGGGAAUGGGCAGCCAAAAUCAGCAGCUUCCAAAAGCGUUAGAAUGGAAGAAUCUUUUUUGCACUCUUUUCUUAAUAUUAAAGACAUUCUUAAAACUAGAUAACACGUCACUGUAUUAGUUUUUAAACUUCAAGGUAUUUUCUGGAGCUUUUACUUAAAUAAUAAGAAUAAAGUUUCAUUAUUUUGCA